UUGAGAAAAUCACCUAGCCCUUAUCGUUCCCAUUUAAAUGGCAACAUAUGUAAUCUCUUGAACCUUCCUGUCUCUUUGAUCCCACAGCUAUGCCGCUUCACCACCCCGGUGCCCCACCUGGCCGUGUACUCCGGCCUCACCGAUUCCCCCUUCCCCAACGCCUCGCCCUCCCUCGCCAUCCUUGCCCCGUGCCCGUCGCCAGUCAGCGUAGCCCCGGACAGCACCUCCGGCUCUGAGCGGCGGGCGGAAACCGGUGUAGAGGCGGAGCGGGGCGGCGAGACGGUCCAAGUCCCCGGCCAGACGUGCAAGUCGCGGGUGGCGCUCUCCCUUCGGCGGUUGCUGACGCGAGGCUGCGGCGUGGGCGGCGGCCCCUCCGCCGUCUUCGCCAGCCUGUCGCCCAAGUGCCACGCUGCUGCCGGGGCCAGCGGGCGCAUCCAGCCAAUCAGUCCGGACGCCUCCAGCCAGGCCCCGCCCAGGAAGCGUGGCAACUUUUUUCAGAUCAAGGUGGACAUCCCUCCGGAAUGUCGGAUCUACCCCAUCGAGUCUGAGGACGAGGAAGAGGACACUCGAGCCGCCUCCCAGGGAUCUUUGGGGGCCAAGGAGAUCAUCUGCCCUUGGGAGAGCCUCACCCCUCACAAUGGGACUGGCUAAAAACAAAAACAAAAACAAAAGGUACUGAAGGUUUUUUUCCUGAGCUUUCUUCACAGCAUUCCACCUUAAAUAUGAUCAAAUGUGCCCUCUAAUGUCUGCUGUUUGAAUGUCUGAAAAAUGGUAGCGUUCCCGUUCCAACCUAAUUCUGAGUAGCCCCAGUGCAGCCUUAUUGAUUAGUAUACGCCUUAUUUAGUUUUUGCCUUACACCGACUAAUAAUGUCAGUAAACAAAAAAAAAAGAAAAGGGGAAAAUACAAUUAUAAAAUGCCAAAGACAACGUUUGGACUGAGCCCUUUGCUUUUAACUUUAGCCUUCAUGUUUUUAAAAUAUACCCUGUCCAAUGAAAAACAUUUCUAUUUUGUGAGUUUUUACUUUUUGUAACUAAGAUGAUUAAAUAAAAUGAAUACAAAAAUUAAAGUAAUUUUUGUGAGGGGUUUGGAUAAUAACUAAGAAAAUGUGGAGGUACAGGGUUCCACUGCCAUAUUGUGCUUUAUUGUUCAGGCCCCCCUAUAUAUUGCCAAUUUUUAAGCGAUGGUUUUUGUUUUUUUAAAUGGGAUUUUACAGUAUACUUACUUACUGUAAUGCCCUCGCAUGUGGGAAAGGACAGCCACAGUCACUGAUGUGCUUUUCAGUCAGUGAGAGCAAUAAAACAUAAGCACACUCGUGCAGAAGCUGCUGUCGUCCACAGCUCUCCCCAGACGUUCACACGCAGACUUGCGGACGUCGUAGGCCAACAGGCCCCGCUUCUUAAAGGCACGUGCAUGUAUCUAAUUAUAGACAUCUCAAUAUGUACAGUAUUUUCCUUACAGUUAGUUUUUUUGUGUUUAGAUACAUUUAGGAUAUGUUUAGGAAGUGUUUCAUUGAAAUUUCAAUGUUCUUAAAGUAUGUGGGAGGGGUAAAACUAUUACAGUUUUUUUUAUAUGGCCUCCCAAUAUUGCAGAUUUUCACCUAUUGUGGGUGGGUCUGGAACAUAUCCACCGCAAUAAAUGGACGUUCACUGUACACGUUUUUCAAUGGACGUAGUCUAUACAUGCAGCAUUGAGACGGUUUCUUGUGUAUGUCGUGAAGUAAUUUUAGCAAAACCUAGUUUUGUAUGCGAUGCUGUUUUUGUACCGUAGCGACGUUUCGGUGCUUGGCGUGAGCGACGCUUAUCAUAACAUGUUUACAGAUUGAAGAAUGUGAAAUUUGAUUUAAAUGGCGUGGUGUUGGACGGGUAUAUUCUGCAGCUUGUGUCAAGUGCCUCAAUGAUGAGUACAUAAAUAAAUAAAUAACUUGUGUCUUAAGGUGAGCUGUAUUGAU